AUGACAACAACAUUUCUCAACAACCCGAAACAUGUCUUGCACUUUGAGUGUAUUGAUAAUGAACGCAGGUUGUGCCCUCAAUGCCCGUCGAUUGAUGAUCAAGGAUACUAUGUAACUCCCUCUAUUCCAGCACGUGAAUCCAAUCAGAAAAAAAGAAAAAAGAAUUAUGAAAGUGACAGCAAAAGUAGAUCUAAUAGGGGCACUAAGCCACAAGAAAUUAUCCAAGAGCUAUCGGUUGAUAAUCAGAUUCCAGAUUCGAGAGAAUUAUUGCCUAUUAGUGUGCCAUCCGAAAAUACUAACACGGAAAAAAAGACAGAUCAGCUCAAUCACCUGUAUUAUGAGAUCGACACGUGUAUAUUCAGCCUAAAAUAUCAAGGCCAAGACCUUGGGAAUAUAAAGAAUUGGUACUGGUCCCCGGCUUCACGACCAAAGACAUGA